AUGAACAGUUCGAGUUGCCAGCACUGGGAGAAUCUGUUGCUAAGUAUUAACCGAUUUCUGGGUAUAUCAUCGGCUGGAAAUUGGAUCCAUUCCCUAUGGUGCCUCUUUUUGCUUUUAUAUAUCUGGGCAGCAAGCAUUUGGAAGUGUAUAGAAUUCAACUUGGAGAUGCCAACCAUCGAGAAAAUACUCUACUUGAUGGAGUUUCCGGGAAACAUGUCAACGGUUGCCUUUUUGGUUUAUCAUGCCGUAGUCAAUUAUUCGUGUGCCCAGAAAGUGGAGUUUCAGAUUCAUGGCCUGAUCAGAGGACUCGAAAGCAAAGCUAUUCGUAAUAUUUACAAGAAGCAUGAUAAAAGGACUCUUCACCUAAUGGUAGUAACUAUAGUUUUCCAUGGUGUGUGUGCCCUAGUGGAUAUUGUUACCAAUGACUAUGAGUUUUGGAGCACCUGGUUGAGCAAUAGUGUCUAUAAUCUGCCUGCUUUAAUGUUGAGUCUGGGGCUACUCCAAUAUGCCCUUCCGGUGCAUUUACUUUGGCUUCUGCUGGACCAGAUGAGGAGAAAUCUGGAGAAGCUGAAGUUGCGGCAGAGACCAGCGGAGGAAAUAACCAAAUUGGAUGCUCGUUAUGAGUCCGCUUUUGCUGCUUUGGUGGAUGCAGGUGGUGCUGCUGCUUUGUUAAUCGAAGAAAUGCGCUCCACAUGCAACCUUAUUGGGCUGCUCCACAAACAGUUGCUAUCCAAAUUCGGACCCUUUUUGCUGUUAAACUUUGUCAACUCUUUGGUGAGCUUUUGUGUGGAACUCUACUUGGUUUUUAACUUCUUCGAGAAUCCGCUGUGGGACGAGUCCAUGCUGCUAAUCUAUAGAUUGCUUUGGUUGAUCAUGCAUGGCGGUCGUAUCUGGUUUAUUCUGGCUGUCAACGAACAGAUCUUGGAAGAGAAAUGCAAUCUUUGUCAGCUGCUCAACGAGUUGGAGGUUUGCAGUUCCCGCUUACAAGUCACCAUCAAUCGCUUUUUGCUGCAACUCCAGACGAGCUUGGAUCAACCCUUGGAAGCCUGUGGAGUCGUCACGUUGGACACACUCAGUUUGGGCGGGUUUAUCGGGGUUCUGAUGGCCAUCGUCAUAUUCCUCAUACAAAUCGGACUGGGCAAUAAAUCACUAAUGGGUGUUGCCCUCAACAGAUCCAGUUGGCUUUACGUGUGA